AUGAUCGCUUUCACGUCUCAGGUCAAGGAUGUGGCUCACCAGGACGAGGUCGUGCGCACGCUCGCGAAUGCUCUUGAGACGGGGAAUCUGCCGCAUUUGCUCUUCUAUGGGCCGCCUGGGACUGGGAAGACGUCGACUGCGCUGGCGGUAACAAGGGAGCUCUUUGGGCCGCAGCUUUACAAGACCAGAGUUCUCGAGUUGAAUGCCAGUGAUGAUCGAGGAAUAAAUGUGGUGCGAACGAAGAUCAAGGACUUUGCUGCUGUUGCAGUGGGUCGUGGAGUGAGUGACUAUCCUUGUCCGCCUUUCAAAGUUAUCAUCCUAGACGAAGCGGAUUCAAUGACUGAGGAUGCACAGAACGCGUUGAGGCGUACAAUGGAAACUUACUCGAAGGUGACGAGAUUUUGCUUCAUUUGCAACUACAUAAGCAGGAUUAUCGAGCCACUGGCAUCAAGAUGUGCGAAGUUUCGUUUCAAGUCUUUGAACCAAGACGUGAUGCACGGGAGGAUUUUGCAUAUAUGCUCAGAGGAGGGGGUGCAAAUGGGCUCCGAGGCACUGGCUACAUUGAGUCGAGUGUCCGAGGGAGAUCUUCGUCGAGCAAUCACAUAUCUACAGAGCGCUACGAGGCUUUAUGGAUCAUCGAUCACAAGCAAGGAUAUCCUCAGCGUUUCCGGGGUUAUUCCAGAUAACGUGAUCCAGUCCCUCUUGCAAGCCUGUACGAGUGGAGUGUUUGAUCAAGCUCAAAAGGAGGUGACCAACAUCAUAGCCGAAGGCUAUCCUGUCUCACAAAUAUUUUCUCAGGUUUACGAUCACGUUGUCGAAUCGCCUGAGAUAUCGGACGAGCAGAAAGCUAAAAUCUGCCAGAGACUGGCCGAAGCUGACAAGUGUCUUCUCGAUGGAGCAGACGAGUCUUUGCAACUCAUGGACGUGUGCAGCAAUACUAUGCGAGCACUCUGUAACAUGACCCAAGAGUGUAGCUAUGUCUAACUUGAUUUCUCCACUUAACAUGAAUUCUCCCUCGCUGCUGUUUCCAGAGUGAGAUUUGUCUA